GUUCGUCCAACGUCUUUUAACGUCGCGCUCUGCACAUUUUUACCUGAAGGCAGUGAAUUUUUUAAACGGUCGCCCAAAAAGUGAAAUAAUUUCGUAAAAUCUUGCUGCAAAUGUGAUUUGCUUUGGGUGGAAUCGACGCCGCGUAGUUUAGACCCCCGGGGGACAGUAGAAUUGGAAGAAAGUUACGUGUUUUUGGGGCGGGUAGAGGAAGAGUGCUGUUUGGUGAAAAGUUGUCUGAAUCUGGAUGGAUGCGUCCAUUGUCGUGAUGGAAUCGUUGGAGGAAGUUGAGCAAAAUGUUAUCGAGCAGGCGCACACAAUCAUGGUCGGUUCGGUGCGCCGGAUGCGCGACCUUUGGGUGGAGAUCUUCGACGAGCAGAUCUGCCAGGACCACAUGAGCCGGCUGCCGGAGCACAUUCAAACGUUUUUCGACGAGGUGUACGAGGAGAGUGAGAAUCGCAAAACGAAGAUCCUGCAGACGAUCGACGGGCUGCGGCGGGAGGCGGCCAAUUUGAGGCGGCUGCUGAAAGAAGAUACGGUUGAUGGGGUGGACGAGCAGCCGGGGAUGCCGCUGCACCUGGUGCAGAUAACGCUGGAUCGUAGUUUGGAGAAGAUGCGCGAGAAGCUCAAACAUCGCCACGAGCUGAUUGAGGAGUACCUGUUUGAGCAGGAAACGCUGUGUGAAGAACUCGGCGAAGACUUGCGCAACCUGCCGAAGGACCCACUGCCCUCGGAGGCCACCAUGUGCGAGUUCCGCACGUACCUGGACAAUUUGCGCGCGGAGAAGCUGCAGCGGUUCGACGACAUAGCGACGAUGCGCCGCGACAUAAAGAUCAUGAUGAACCACCUGGGGAUCGUUCCGCAGACGGAGCGCGAGCAGGACCUGACCGAGGCGUUGAACUUUCCCCCGACGCGGGUGAAUUUGCACGAUCUGCGCUGUCUGCACGAGCAGGUCGGAGCGUGGUACGACGACCUGAAGGAGAACAUUGACCGGGCGAGGGCAAAGCUGGCCAACUUGUGGAACGUGUUGGCGGUCAGUCCGUCGCACGUCAAGCGGUACGAGAAGUACAACGAGUACACUCAGGCGACCUACGACAAACUGUUUGCGGAGUUGGACCGGUGCGAAACGCUGCGUCGGGAGAACAUUCAGAACUUUAUCGAACAGACCCGGGUGGAGAUCGUGCAAUGGUGGGACAAGUGCCUAAAGUCGAACGAAGAGCGGUCCCGUUUUUCCACCUUUAAGAGCGAAGUUUACAACGAGGACUUGCUGACGCUGCACGAGAUGGAGCUGAACGACUUGAAGGACUUUUACCGGACAAAUGAGACGAUUUUCGCGCUGGUUGAGCAGCGAAGAGAAAUGUGGGACAAGAUGAUCCUGCUGGAGCAGAAGUCAAGCGACCCGUCCCGCUACAACAAUCGCGGAGGAAAGUUGCUCGAGGAGGAGAAGGAACGCAAACGUAUAAGUAUUCAGCUGCCCAAGAUCGAGACGCGACUGCUGGAGGCCUGCAAGCGGUACGAGGAGGAAAACAAGCGCAAGUUCACCGUGUUUGGCGAAUCCAUCGAAGAAAUCAUCCAGGAGCAGUGGAAAAAGCGCGAAGAGGGCAAGCUGAUGGUUUCGAGCGCCCGCAAGAAGGCGAACAUGGCCACUCCAACGGCGGCGAAUCGAACUGCGGCACUCACGCGAACUCCGCGCACCGCCGAAACCAUGCUCAAACACACCAGUAUUGCGAGCCGCACCAAGCUAACGGUCGCGGCCAGCGAAAGCAUGAAGCACUCCGCCAGCAAGCAGCUCUCGACGGCCGGCUUGAAGCGCAAAAUGCCCUCACCCAAGGCCGGCGUGGUCAAGCGAUCGCUGCUCAAAGACCUCAACAGUCCGCGGGCGUUCGCCAAGCCAAACGCCCCACCAUCCGCCAGCAAGAACCGACUCAUGCCGCCGAAAUCCCCCGCCGGAAAGAUCCCCACCAUCAAGGUGUACGACACCAAGAACGGAACCAAGCGGCGCUCGCGGCGAAAGUCACAAAACAAACACCGUCGAAGCACCUCCAGACCCGUCCCGGAAAUCCACGUCACGUCCAGCUCAAACUCCACGAUCCAAUCGGAAUCAGUGUCCUACGAGCACUUUGAGAACUUCUUCGAGCAAAACACCCCGAACCGGUCCUCCCUCAUGCCACCCGGUAGAGCUGCGGCGGCAGCUGCCGCAGCCAUGGACGCACCCGGUCCAUCGUCCCGGCGGAUAACGUCCCGACGGAACGCCACCGCCAACAACAACAACCUGCACACGCUGAUCAAAACCCCGUCCAAGGUGACGCUGCGCAAUCCGGUGGCCUCGUCGACGAUGCUCGCCACCACGAUGCGGUCGCCGUCGGCCGUCGGCAAUCUGACCGCCAGCGGCAAGAAGCUCAUGGCGGCGUCCAAGAACUGCCCGAUCAUCUUCUAGGGGGGCGCAGAACUCACUUUUGUCUCGUUUAACGAUCGGAUUUUUUUUUUCUUCUAGAGAAUCGGCAAUAUUUUGACCCCUUUUUUGUUGGCAUUGUUUUUUUUUUUGUAUCCUUUUAAGCUUUUUGUUGCGGAUAAGCUCAUCUCAAGGCAGGGCAGUAGAACCGCGCAAACCUUUUUCUGUUCUUUUCAAUUAUUUGUAUUUUCGUUUAUUUUUAAAUAAAGUCGAUCGAACCUUCCACCAUCAAUUCAUACGAACACAGAGAUAUCAAACACGCUUAUUUUUAGCAAAAUUUUUGCGCGUCUCGUCGAUACAAAACGUAAGCUCUCUCUCCCAUUAGUUAUUGAUAAGCAACACUCACAAACAUGCAUUUAGUGAUAAGAUUGUUUCAAGAUGUUUUAAUAAAGAAAAUAAAAAUAACGCAUUUCUUCCAGCUUGCAGAGUUGCUGUUUCGCGAAAUAAAGAAAACUCUGCGCCUUUUGUACAAAGUCUGAGCAGUAUGUUGGUUAAGUGCUAUUAAUAAAUCGCAAAGUAUAAAUAAACAAAU